CCUCCAGUUCGGUCCAUCUUGCCUGUACUGGUUCUUUGCUUGGUUGCGUUGACCAUAUGCCGGUGAUGACGUCACUCUAUCGGGCUCAGGUUAGAGCGCCACGUUCAUCAGACAGUGAGAGAAUCUUGUCGUUUCCUGAACUCGUCCUCUCGUCCUGUUGCCAGAAAUUAAUAAUGUCAUCCGAUGAACAAAAGCCACCGAAAAAGGACGUAGUGGACGUCCUUUUUAUGCUGGGCGCAUAUUCCAGAAAGGCCAAGGUGCCGAAGGGUGCAUCAAGGACGUCUCUUGAUGAGAUCGCUAAACAGGUACUCCCAGGUACUAACAUCUUCAAAUACUAUGAUGAAGAUUGGAAGGAGUGGGUGGAAGUUCAGGAAGGAAGAGACACCAUUUCAACAAAAUCUAAAAUAAGAAUUGAGUGUGUCCCAAAUGAGAGUGCCACUGAGAUAAACAAAGGUUCAACCAAGGCAAAGGCAGAGGAAAGUAAAACCUCGGUGGUCGAACCAACCGAAGAUAAGCCAGUGACGGACGUAGGCAUUGGACCAGCACUCGGUGAGAAACCCAACCAGGAAGGUUUAAACAAGGAAGAUGCAUCGAAAAAAGCAAAAUAUGAAAUACUUUUGAACGAACGUAUCGGAAAGAAGAAAGUGACGGAAUUACCAGGCAUUGGACCAGUAAGCGGAGAGAAACUCAAGCAGAAAGGCUUCUUGUUUAUGAAACAUCUUGUUGGAAUUUACCUGACAAUGCAUGGAAACGAGAAGGAAAAAGAAGACUUCAUCGAUUGGUUUUGCGAAAAGAUAGAGGCUAAACGUCGUGAGGAUGCAAUUAAAUGCUACACACUUUUGAAGGAAUGGACCAAAAAACACAUCAAUAUUGAUUCCAACUAGGCUUUGUAUUUAGGUAGAGGUAGCGGAGGAUUAAAAGGAAGAGAACAAAGAGUCCUCAUUCAAGGUACAUCUUCGGAUCCAUCUCCAUUGCUUUGGGGUGUGCCCCAAGGAUCUGUAGUAGGAC